UGGCCCAAAGCAGAACCAACACCAUGACCGUAGUGACUCGAGAGAAAUGAUAGGUGGCCCAAAGCAGAACCAACACCAUGACCGUAGUGACUCGAGAGAAGUGAUAGGUGGCCCAAAGCAGAACCAACCCCAUGACCACAGUGACUCGAGAGAAAUGAUACAUGGUCCACAGCAGAACAAAAACAAUGACCAUUCUGGCUCAGACAGAAACCCAGCGGUGACAAUUGUCCCUUCAAUGAACCCUGUAACUGUAUCAGCUGUGAGGCCAGCACACAACGGUCAGGUCUGCAGCACGUGGGGGGACUACCACUUCAAGACAUUCGAUGGUGACGUUUUUCAGCUUCCUUCCAGCUGCAAUUACAUUCUGACAUCACACUGCAAGGGCACCUUUGAGGACUUUAACAUCCAGAUGAGGCGCCAGGUGGUGGAAGACCAGCCCACCAUCAGUAAAAUCACCAUGAAGCUGGACGGCACGGUGGUGGUACUCUCCAAAGAAUCCAUCAAAGUCAAUGAGGAGACGGCUCUGCUGCCAUUCAGUAAGAAUGGAGUUCUCAUUGAAAGGAGUGUUUCAUAUGUGACGAUCACAGCUAAGCUGGGGCUGACUUUCAGAUGGAACAAAGAAGACUCCCUUCUGGUGGAGAUUGACACCAAAUAUAGGAACCAGACCUGUGGGCUCUGUGGAGACUUCAAUGGGGUCCAGCUCUAUGAUGAGUUCAUUAAAGAUGACACGCAUUUAACUCCAAGCAAUUUUGGAAAUUUCUGGAAGAUGGAUGCGCCCACAGAAAUCUGUGAAGAAUUCACAAAGCCAACUAAGAACUGUGAUGAUUUGACAUCCAAGUGUGAAGAGCUGCUCUCCAGUCCCGCCUUCAGCAACUGUAAAGACUUGGUCCCCACUGACUCCUUCAUCAAGGCCUGUGUGGCAGACAUGUGCCAGUGUGAUAGCAACAGCACCUCCUGUCUGUGCAACACCAUGUCAGAAUAUUCCCGCCAGUGUGUGCACGCUGGGGGGACACCUCGGCAGUGGAGAACGGCCCAGUUCUGCGCCAAGUCGUGUCCCUUCAACAUGGAGUAUCAGGAAUGUGGCAUUCCUUGCCUCGACACGUGUUCCAACCCAGAGAGAGGCCAGCUGUGCGAAGACCACUGCACUGACGGCUGCUUCUGCCCACCUGGCACCGUUGUCGAUGACAUCAGUCACAGUGGCUGUAUCCCAGUGCAGAAAUGUCCUUGCAGUCACAACGGAAAGGCAUACAGUCCCGGAGAGUCUUACACAAGCCACUGUAGAGAAUGCACCUGCUCUGGAGGCCAGUGGAGCUGCCAGGAUGAAGACUGUCCUCAAACCUGUUCUGUGGAAGGAGGCUCACACAUCACCACAUACGAUGGAAAGAGAUACAGCUUCCACGGAGACUGUUCCUACGUCCUCUCCAAGGUCUGUCAAUCCAAUGGCACAGAUUUCACAGUCCUGGGGGACCUUGUCAAGUGUGGCCUGUCGGACACUGAAACCUGCCUCAAGAGUGUAACGCUGGCCAUCUCUGGGGAUACCACUGUAAUAAAAAUUCUAGACACUGGAAAGGUAUUUGUCAAUGGAAUCCUCUCUCAGCUUCCUCUUGUGACUGAUGGGGCAGCCAUCUUCAUGCCAUCUACCUUCUACAUCAUGGUCCAUACCCGUUUUGGACUGCAGGUACAGGUGCAGCUGACCCCUGUGAUGCAAGUGUACAUAACAGCAGUGCCAAACCACAAGGGGAAGACAACUGGCCUCUGUGGAAAUUUCAACAAUGUCCAAGCUGAUGACUUCAAGGCUGAGAGUGGAAUGAUCGAGGGAACAGCAGCAGGUUUUGCUAACACAUGGAAAUAUAAAGCUACGUGCCCUGAUGUGAGCAGCAGCUUCGAAAACCCCUGCAGUCUCAGUGUGGAGAAUGAGAAAUAUGCUGGGCAUUGGUGCUCUCUGCUGUCGGACCCCAAUGGAGUGUUUCGCCCCUGCCACUCUACAGUCAGCCCAGAUACCUACAUAACGACCUGCAUGUAUGACAGCUGUAACUGUGAGAAGAGUGAGGACUGCAUGUGUGCUGCCAUAUCCUCCUAUGUUUAUGCCUGUGCUGCUCGGGGCGUCCACCUGUCUGGCUGGAGAGACACUAUGUGUGGAAAGUACUCCUCCAACUGCCCCAGAACUAUGGUCUACAGUUAUAACAUGACUACCUGUGGCCGUACCUGUCGCUGCCGCACUGAGCCUGACUACACCUGCCAAGUGAGCUUCACACCGGUGGAUGGCUGCAGCUGUGCAGAAGGGACCUUCAUGAAUGAAGGGGUCGAAUGUGUUCCCCCUACAAGCUGUCCCUGUUACUUCAAAGGCUCAGUGGUGCCCAACAGACAGAUAAUAAAGAAGGAAGGAGCCAUAUGCACUUGCAAUCAAGGGGAACUAAGUUGCAUUGGCCAAAUCAAGGAACCCGAAUGUAAUGAACCAAUGGUGUUCUUCAACUGCUCCAGUGCUAGUCCAGGAGCCAAGGGCUCUGAGUGCCAGAAAAGCUGCCAGACGCUGGACAUAAACUGUAUCAGCACAGAGUGUGUUUCAGGCUGUGUAUGCCCAUCUGGGCUUGUGUCUGAUGGGAAUGGAGGCUGCAUAGAGGAAGAUCUCUGUCCCUGUGUUCACAACGGCAUAACAUACCAACCUGGAGAGAAAAUCCAAGAUUACUGCAACACCUGCACUUGUAAGGACAGAAAAUGGGACUGUACAGAUAACGUAUGCCACGGCACCUGUGCCAUUUAUGGCGAUGGCCAUUACAUUACUUUUGAUGGAAAAAGGUUCACCUUCAACGGGGGCUGUGAAUACACGCUUACUCAGGACUACUGCAGCAAUAACAACGGCACCUUCCGAGUCAUCACCGAGAACAUCCCAUGCGGCACCACUGGUACAACUUGCUCUAAGGCCAUCAAGCUCUUCCUAGGGAACAAUGAGCUCAUAUUGACAGAUGGAAACUACCAAGUUAUCCAGAGAGAUAAUAGUGUAGAAGUGCCCUACCAAAUCCAUGUCAUGGGAAAUUACCUGGUUAUUGAAGCCAGCAAUGGCCUCAUCCUCAUGUGGGACAAGAAGACCAGCAUGUUCAUCAAACUAAGUCCAACAUUUAAGGGCCAAGUCUGUGGUCUGUGUGGAAAUUACGAUGGCAAUGAAAACAACGACUUCACUACAAGAAGCCAAGCAGUGGUUGUUGAUGCUGUGGAAUUUGGAAACAGCUGGAAAGUCUCUCCAACUUGCCCUGAUGUUGGAAUUUUGAAAGACCCCUGCACUUUCAACCCAUACAGACAGUCCUGGUCCCAGAAACAGUGCAGCAUCAUUCAGAGCGUAGUGUUCAAUGAUUGUCACUCUCAGGUGGACCCUACCCCAUACUAUGAUGCCUGUGUGAGAGACUCUUGUGCAUGUGACAGUGGAGGAGACUGCGAGUGUUUCUGCACAGCUGUGGCUGCAUAUGCAAAGGCCUGCAAUGAGGCUGGGGUCUGUGUGGCCUGGAGGACCCCACAAAUCUGCCCUCUAUUCUGUGACUUCUACAACCCUCCUGGUGAAUGUGAGUGGCACUACAAGCCAUGUGGUGCUCCCUGUAUGAAGACCUGCAGAAACCCCAUGGGAAAGUGCUCCAGUCGGAUUCCAGGCCUGGAAGGUUGCUACCCACAAUGCCCACCUGCCAAGCCCUUCAUGGAUGAGGCCUCAAUGAAGUGUGUAGAGAGAGAAAAGUGCGGCUGUUACGACGAAGAAGGAAAUCAUUAUAAUAAUGAAGACACCGUUCCUUCAACACAGAACUGUCAGAAAUGCACAUGCUCUUCAUCAGAGAUCAAAUGCAACUAUGAGGCACAAGCUUGUUAUUGUGUUUAUAUGGGAAACAAAUAUCCCUAUGGUACCACCAUCUACAACACCACAGAUGGCGAUGGGAGCUGCAUCACUGCUGUUUGUGGGAUUGAUGGCAAUAUUACACGGGACAUUAACAGUUAUCCCGAGCCUGGAAUGGAUGGAGGAGACUAUGAGACAAUAGAAGAUAUAAUGAAAUCUGGACCAAAGGAUUGCAGUAUUAUCAGCGAGAUUGAAUGCAGAGCAAAAGAAUACCAAGACAUUGCAAUCGCAGAUUUGGGCCAGGCUGUUCAGUGCAAUACUUCAGUCGGCUUAAUUUGCAACAAUAAGGAUCAAGACCCGCCCACGUGUUAUAAUUAUGAGGUAAGAGUGAAAUGCUGUCGAAACAAAUGUUCUACUGUCAGCAGAACCACCACUAUGCCAGUAACAUCUCAGGGCCAAUCUACCACUGCUGGGACCAAAGCACAAUCCACUCCAAGUCCAACACCUACAACCUCUUCCACAACUGCAAUCGUCGAACCCACAUCUUCAGUACCUCCAGGAACACCAGAAAUCACGGAAACCACUGCUCCACCUUCUACCUCUAUCACUUUCACAACAUCUGCACCAUCUACUGUAACUGAGACAACACCCGUGCCGACAGGUCCAACAGAGUUCAGCACAACUUCAGCACAAACAUCAACAGAGUCCACAACCUCUUCCACAACUGCAAUCGUCGAACCCACAUCUUCAGUACCUCCAGGAACACCAGAAAUCACGGAAACCACUGCUCCACCUUCUACCUCUAUCACUUUCACAACAGGGGUCUCAACAUCUGCACCAUCUACUGUUACUGAGACAACACCCGUGCCGACAGGUCCAACAGAGUUCAGCACAACUUCAGCACAAACAUCAACAGAGUCCACAACCUCUUCCACAACUGCAAUCGUCGAACCCACAUCUUCAGUACCUCCAGGAACACCAGAAAUCACGGAAACCACUGCUCCACCUUCUACCUCUAUCACUUUCACAACAGGGGUCUCAACAUCUGCACCAUCUACUGUUACUGAGACAACACCUGUGCCGACCGGUCCAACAGAGUUCAGCACAACUUCAGCACAAACAUCAACAGAGUCCACAACCGCUUCCACAACUGCAAUCGUCGAACCCACUACUUCAGUACCUCCAGGAACACCGGAAAUCACGGAAACCACUGCUCCGCCUUCUACCUCUAUCACUUUCACAACAUCUGCACCAUCUACUGUAACUGAGACAACACCCGUGCCAACUGGUCCAACAGAGUUCAGCACAACUUCAGCACAAACAUCAACAGAGUCCACAACUUCUUCCACAACUGCAAUCGUCGAACCCACUACUUCACAGAACCACCACUAUGCCAGUAACAUCUCAGGGCCAAUCUACCACUGCUGGGACCAAAGCACAAUCCACUCCAAGUCCAACACCUACAACCUCUUCCACAACUGCAAUCGUCGAACCCACAUCUUCAGUACCUCCAGGAACACCAGAAAUCACGGAAACCACUGCUCCGCCUUCUACCUCUAUCACUUUCACAACAGGGGUCUCAACAUCUGCACCAUCUACUACAACACCCGUGCCGACAGGUCCAACAGAGUUCAGCACAACUUCAGCACAAACAUCAACAGAGUCCACAACCUCUUCCACAACUGCAAUCGUCGAACCCACAUCUUCAGUACCUCCAGGAACACCAGAAAUCACGGAAACCACUGCUCCGCCUUCUACCUCUAUCACUUUCACAACAGGGAUCUCAGCAUCUGCACCUUCUACUGUCACAAGUUCAUCACCUCCUCUACCAGUAACAACUACCAUUUCUACAACCCUUACUUCCUCAAGUUUCCCAGCAACAUCAGUGCCAACAACUCCAGCAGUAUCCACUUCCAGUCCUACAGAAACAGAUCACUAAUAUACAAUGAAACUGAUGGAGAUGGAUGGUGUUUCAUGGCUUACUGCAGUGCAGAAUGUGAAGUAAAUAAACAGCCAAGGCCUUGUUAUACCUCUCCUUCACCACCUUUGCUUUCAUCCACUGAGAAACCAAAGACAAUGGAGACUACUAUUUUCACUACUAGCAUAACAAUGCCUGCAAAAACUUCAGAAUCCUCAACAGCUACAAGUAUAAGCCAUAAAACUACAAGUUUUAGCCCAAAUUGUGAAAAUCUUAGUCCUCCAAGAAAGAAUGGUGAAACAUGGAAUUCUGGAAACUGCACUAUAAAAACUUGUGUCAAUGGUUCCACGACAUCAAACCCAGUGCCAUGUGCACCCGCAAAACCACCUGUAUGUGAAAAUGGCCGGCCUCCAGUAAAGGUGUAUGAUGAGUCUGGAUGCUGUUUCCAAUAUCAAUGUCAAUGUGAAUGCUAUGGAUGGGGUGACCCCCACAUUGUGACAUUUGAUGGAACAUACUACAGUUUUCAAGAAAACUGCACCUAUGUUUUAGUGAAGGAGAUUAAUCCAGUGUACAACUUCAAGGUCUUAAUUGAUAAUGUCUACUGUGGUGCUCAGGAUGGGGUGUCAUGUCCACAUUCUUUGAUUGUACAAUACAAUUCUUAUGAGGUCAUUUUUGUCCAGAGCAUUCAUGACACCACAACAGUUUUGGCAUAUGUCAACAAAAAGCAGAUUUUCCCAGCAUACUCCAAUGCAGAUUUCCUCAUUACAAACAGCGGGAUUCAGAUGACAAUGGUAAUCCCUAAAAUCAAUGCUCAAGUAAUGUUCAGUGGAAUGCUGUUCAAGAUAAAUUUGCCAUAUUCCCAAUUUCACGGUAACACUGAGGGACAUUGUGGUACUUGUGACAAUACACAAAAAAAUGACUGUAGGCUUCCUGAUGGUAGAAUCCAUCCUUCGUGUUCUGAAAUGGCCAAAUAUUGGUCUACCCCUGACAAGAACAAACCAUACUGUGGGCCUUCACCUACAGUAAAACCUGGUCCACUGACAACUAAAAGUCCAGCCACUACAACCACAGUCAUGUGCAAACCAAAAAUCUGUGACUUCCUGUAUGACAAAGUCUUUGAAGAGUGUCACAAAACGUUCUCAGCAGAAGCCUUCCAUAAAGCCUGCAAAUUUGAUGUCUGCAACAUGCCCAACCCAGAUAUAGCCUGUCACAGCUUUGAAAUGUAUGCUAUCGUGUGUGCCAGUUCAGGAAUGUGUAUCGACUGGAGAAAAGCCACGAAUGGCACCUGUGAAUACAAAUGUCCUGACACUAAGGUUUACCAACCAUGUGGCCCUGCUAUAGAACCAACCUGCAGCACCAGAUACAACAAAAAGUACCAGAAUAUUCCUCAGAUACAGCAAGUAAGCAGUAAUGCAACUAAAGAGGGAUGUUUCUGCCCCGAAGGGAAAGUCUUGUUCAAUUCAUUUUCUGACACCUGCGUCACUUCAUGUGGCUGCACUGGACCUGAUGGCAUGCCCAGAAUGCCUGGUGAGACAUGGAUGAGUGACUGUCUGAAAUGCGAAUGUGAACCUGACUCCAUGAGUGUCCAGUGCUAUUCCCCAGAGUGUCCACCCCCUGAUAAUGUCACUUGUGCCGAGGAGGGGCAGUUAAACAUGACCUGGUCAUCUCCCCAAGACCACUGCGUAAAGUACAACUGUAAGAAAAUUGAGGACCAGCCAAUAAUAGUACAAGAGAAAAUUGUUUGCCCUCUAUUUGAUGCCACAAAUUGUAUACCUGGCACUGAGAAAAGUGAUGCAAAUGGCUGUUGCCAAACAUGCACUCCAGCUCAAAACUGCAAUGUCCAUAAGAACAGCACUUACCUGAGCCGGGAUGGUUGUCGAUCCAUAUCACCAGUGGAAAUCACUUCCUGCGAAGGUUCCUGUGUCACCUCCUCCAUGUACUCUGCAAAAGCCAGUGCCAUGAUGCACUCAUGUUCCUGUUGUCAGGAGAUGUCCACCAGCAUGAGAGAGGUGAAGAUGAAAUGUCCUAAUGGGAUAACAGUCACACACUCCUAUGUCUACAUUGAAACGUGUGGUUGCUAUGUCAAAGAGUGUGAAAAUAAAAACUAA